CAGGUCACAUGACCUCUCAGUACAGUAGCGGCCCCAACAACAUGGCAGCUGUGGGCAAAUAACCGCGGAACGAGCCGGGGAGAACCGGACACAGCAUGAGGGACGCGGCGCGGAGGAAGAGGAGGAGGAGGCGGCGGAAGAAGAAAGGCAGGACGUGGGCUGAGGCCGCCAGGACGGUACUGGAGAAAUACCACAACACACCCAUGAGCCAUAAAGAGAUCCUGCAGGUGAUCCAGCGAGAGGGGCUGAAAGAGAUCAGCGGCACGUCGCCCCUGGCCUGCCUGAAUGCCAUGCUGCACACUAACUCCCGUGGUGAUGAGGGCAUGUUCUACAAGGUCCCGGGCAGGAUGGGAGUCUACACGCUGAAGAAGGACGUGGCGGACAUGGUGAAGGAUCUCUCGGACUGCUCAGAAGACAGCAAUGAAGCUCAGUCCGAUUCUCAGAGCUCAGAGAGCAGCUGCUCGACCAGCAGCACCAGCGCGAUCAGUAACAAGGAGCCGAGGAGGAGCUGCUGGAAGAGGAAAGUUACAUCUCGACUCUCCCAGCCAUCAUCCCCCCCGUCGAGCUGUCCAUCUCCCCCCAUCCCUGCCGGUAAAAUCAUCUCUCCAUCUCAGAAGCUCAGCAAGAAGGCGCUGAAACAGGCUCUGAAGCAGCAGAAGAAGCAGCAGCAGAGGCGGCGAUCUGGGAUCCCUGUUCCGACUGGACAGCACCUCAUGCUAAAGACUGUGAAAACUGCCAGCAACGUUGCCCCGACUAAACCACCAGCCGCUCACAGACACUUGAAAAGGACCAAAGGUGCUGAGAUCGAUGUUGAGACGCCGGAUUCGAUCCUGGUGAACACGAACCUGCGGGCCCUGAUUAAUAAGCACACCUUCUCGCUGCUCCCGGUGGACGGCCAGCAAAGGCUUCUGAUGCUCUUACCUGAGGUGGACCGUCCGGCGGGACCCGACGGACUCCUCAAACUGAACAGUUCGGCUCUGAAUAACGAGUUUUUUACGUCAGCCUCUCAGAGCUGGAAGGAGCGUCUGUCAGAAGGUGAGUUCACACCUGAGAUGCAACUGAGGAUUCGUCAGGAGAUUGAGAAGGAGAAGAAGGUGGAGUCCUGGAAGGAGCAGUUUUAUGAGAGUUACUAUGGGGAAAAUUCGGGUCUGAGUGAAGAGGACCUGAGCAAGAUGACCGCAGAAGAGGAGGCCGAGGAAAAGGUCUCUCCCCCCAUAGUACACAAUACAGUGGAUCCUGCUCAGGACACCUCAAGCAGUCCCUCUGUCGAGCAGCAGCAUCCUGUGAAGAUUGAAGAUGAUCAGGACAAUCAUGAGAUCCCCAAGGUUACAGAAUGCAUAAAAGAACCGGAGACAACGAAUGUGGCCGUUAGUGAUCAGACCACAAUUGAGGAUGAAAACCAAGAAGUCAAGGAGGAAACAGAAACCACUAAAGAUGAGUCCAAAGACAAGGAGCCCAAAAGCCAUACUUGCACGACCCCGGUAAAACCAAAGAGCCCGACCCAAGUAGAAUCACUGAGAACAAUGGCAAGUGAAGACGACUUUCCUGAAAGCUCACCAGAAAUGUCUGAAGCGACCACCCCUAGCCUCGGCACCAAGAGACGUCUGGAGGUCGUUGAGGAUCCUCCGGCUGCCCCUGAGAAAAGUCCACGUAUGAUGGAACUCAGCCGGUCCCCACAGCCAUUUCGUGCCUUAUGUAAACCUCCUACCGAAAUGCAGCAGCACGCACCGGAACAGAAGGUGCCACCGCUCAAGAUUCCCGUGGCGUGGCUCUCUCCAAAGCCAUUUCGCAGCUGCCAGGUCUCUCCCAGGCCCACAUUUCCAACCACCGGUACCAGUCCUAGCCGAACAGGAGCCCGCACACUUGCCGACAUCAAGGCGAAGGCUCGCUUGGCCCGUGCGGCGAGAGCGGCGGCUGUUGCAGCCCAUGGAGGUUCCAUCCCUGGACCUGGACCUGGAGGGGGCCCAGGAGGUGGACCUACAGGGGAGAUCGGGAACAGAAUACUGGACUUGGGAAAUACUGGAAGCAGGAGAAGUGAAAGGGGAACUUCACCCUCUAAACCAGAUAACCAAAAUCAAAGGGAGGUCACGAAACCAGUACAGGCAUCACCUGACAGUUCAGCAAGAACACAGUUACUGCAAAAACCCUGUGUACAACCCAGAUUCACAGUUGCUUACCAUCAACUCCGCCCCAGUGAAAGUACAAGGCAUGUCACCCAAAUCACGGAAAGAGGCAACUCAAGAAGACUGACUCAGGAACCAAUAACAUCUGAUAACUCCAUGCAGUCUUCUGAGAUUCUGAAAGCCUCAGCCAGUGGAAGCUCUUUUAAGAUUGGCAGGGUUUUAUCUCUCGAAAGCACAGGCGUUCCAUCAGUGCAAAGCACAAAGAGAGCACAAAAUGAGGAGGAAAGCAAACAAAUAACUGCUACACCACCUUUUCCAUCAGCAAAGAUGGUUUCAUGUCACCCACAACCAGAAACCUGUUUCAUAAAGUCAAGGACAUCUGCCAUAGCCCAUGGGAUUGACAAGGUACCAUCCACCCAAACGCACGACCUGAGCGUGAAGCCAUUACUAUUGGGGAGUGGGCAGCAUACCAAGUCAAGCUCCAGCAUUCCUGAAAAUAAUCCACUUGUUACACAACUUCUUCAAGGAAAGAAUGUCCCACUGGAGGAAAUCAUGCCCCGACCUCUCAAAAAAGUGGAAACGAAGACCGUUCCAUUGUCAUCUGUUGAAAGACCACAAGGGGCAAUACAAGGAUUGGAAACUUGUGGAAGGGAAGAGGGAGAACGACCCUCAAGUAUAGCUGCUCAACAACUAGAAAGAUUUUUAUGCCACAACCGGCAGCAUCCUUCAGGUCAAAGGAUAUGGCAACUUUUUUCAGGAAAAGACUUGACCAGUUCUAGUAACAAUCCAACGCAAGGUCCUGAGGAGCAUGUCACAAGCCAGGAGCAGGUGUUACAGACCUUGAUCAAGAAGGUUUGGCAAGAGAACACCAAUUCAUCUGAAUUCAAUACGGACCCUUUUGUUUCUGAGAGAGAAAACAUUUCUCAGAGAUUCAUGCUCGGUUUUCUCGGAAGAAGGACAUCCAAGCCAGCUAUGUCUGGCCAUUAUCUGCUCAACAUCUCAACAUACGGUAGGGUCCCAGAGGUGUGCAGACAAGCUCCUUCAGACAACAUGGUCGAUACUUCUUUUAAUGAGGCUGAGCAUGUGGUUAGUAAAGAGAGUAAAACUGAGCUGAUUACAGAGAGUGGAGAAGAAGACACCGAGACUGAUAACCAUCGCUCUCCAUCUAAAUCUCAAGGUAUCUCCUCCCCGAAAUCCGAAGCUCAGAGGACGACAAGAAAUGAAUUCCUUCCAACAUUUGAUGUGAAGGAGAGUGUUCAAAUCGUCACAAAAGGCAACAUUUACAGCGAGUCAGAUAUAGCUCGAGAUUUGAUCCAAGCUGCCCAGGCCCAAAUUUCCAAUGUUUUGGGGGUCAGGUUGAAACAUAAUGCCUCGGACAUGUUCGGAAUCCAUGCUUCAUCCACUUCACCCCAUCCAGAGUUACUGCCAUUGUCAAGGACUUGUGGGAAUCCUGCUGGUCUACUUGGAUCUGGCUACGGUGGUAGGAUCAACAUCUCUACAUCACCCGAGGUCCUAAAUAGGUCCUCCAUCCCCAUAAGUGGAAAUUUCAGUCCAGCCAAUACAGACAAUGUUGUAUCCUUCUCCGUGACUGUGACAACGAUCCCUUCCAGUCAGAGUGUUGGAUCUGGCGGUUGCGAACAACCCAUCUCAGUCCAGGCUUACACUGACGAUGGCAGUAUGGAAAUGUCUCCUUCCAACUGCUACUGUCGACUGAAAGCGAUGAUCAUGUGUAAGGGCUGUGGUGCAUUUUGCCACGAUGAUUGCAUUGGCCCCUCCAAGCUCUGUGUCUCCUGCCUUGUGGUACGGUGACUUCCUUCCCCCAGUUGUUUUCUGGGUGACGGCCAUCUCCAAUAAGCAAGGAUCUGUAGUUUACCUUAUGAUGUAAACCCUUGCAGUGGGUCAUACUCUGGCUAGGAUAGCCUUUUAGAUAUUUUUAAUGAUGAUCUCAUCAGGUACUUUGUAGGGUUCUUGUCAACCCUAAGUAAUCAUGACAUAAGUUUGCACUUAACGCUGUAAAUAAUACACGAGUGUCUAUUUUUUUUUUUCUUACAAAUUUUAAAACAGAUUUCCAAAGACUGAAGCAAUAUGUCCUUGGUCAGUUUCCCAGUAUUUUACACUUCCUUCUUCUGGUGUAUGCACUAUGGGAGUUAUGGGAUCCCCGACUCAAGCAAUAAUUUUGAACUACCUAAAAUUAGUGCCCAACAGGUACCCCACAUGGAAUCUAGCUGUCAGAUAUUCCCGACAAGGGCUUUGGUUAGCAAGACUGUCCUAUAAUGUAGGUUCCUGCGUGAGUAGGAAUAUCUCAUGGUAGUGACCUCCUGGGCCUGUACUACAUAGAGGUGCAUUGUAUAUAUUGGGUGACCAAGAUCAGCCUGACUACCAUGUUCCGUGUAAUGGUGCACGCUUUAUUUAGGGUGUUCAGCAGGACCAUCUAGAGAGGAAUAUUGCUGAUCCUGGAGCUUCUAGCUAUCUUGGUCCAGAUGGCACUUUGGUUAAUAGAUAAGCACUUACAACUUCAGUCGUGCUCAGCACCGGGCACGGUUGAUAUUAUUUCAAGCCUUCGAUUGAUAGUCAUGGACAACACUGUGAUUGUUUUGCUCCCUCGUCAACAUAAGCUUUGUAUGUAAUGAAAAGCCAUAGUCCCUUUUGGCUCAUCCUAGAGGCCUCAAGGGCUUCAGCCUGCUAAAUGAGGCCUUAAAUACAGGAGGCUAAGAGAGAAAUCCCAGUGACCCCCUCCAAGUCUUUCUAUAUGGCAUCCGACUGUAGUGUGUAACAUAACCCAUGGAUUUCCACCAGCCACCCCCCUUAUUUCUCAAUUUCAUGUACAGUACUUAACAUAGUCUUAGCAGUUUUUCCUAGCCGUUUCAAUAACACUAAAUCCAUAUAAAUCUAAAGAUGCAUUUAUGAACAGAUCUUCUUUCAGUCUGAUAUCCCUGCGACUAUAACGUAGAGAGCAUUUACAUUGUGUUAUUAAAUCAUAGCUUCAUUUUAGAGAAAAUAGUGCUGGUUUCCAGUUAAGUCUCAGGCUGCACGUUUUUACAUCUCCCAACCUCCCUCCCCAGUUCAGAGUCUGACAGUCCCAUACAUAGAAGUUGGGUACCACUAGUAAAAAUGGGUACAUGUUCACUUCACACCCCUAAGCCAGGGGCGUGUGUUUUCUUGGAGCAUACAUAGGCAGUGUGACCCCUGAAUCUGUUACUUCCUCCGUUGUGGGCCUGGUGGAGAGCAAAUACUCUGCGCAAGUUUACAAUACCUUGACCUACAAUAUGUUGCACCUCUGAUCUCAGCAUAGGCUGCAAGGAAGACAUCAAUCAGCACAGUGGUGUAACUUAAGCAAAUAAUUUGGAAGACCGCUAAGCUCCUCUAUACCACCAACACCUAAAGUACUUGCAUUAUAAGUGGUGCUGCAAUUGAGGGACAGUAAUGGGGUUCCAUCUCACCCCUUAAUCUCUUUCCAAGUUUGCUAUUGUCGUCUUUAGUAGCUCACCACUAUACCACCAUCUGAAGUAUUUGUAUAAUAUGUAUGGAUAGUGCUGAUCUCUAAGUUUGCUCUUUAGGUCCACAGACCAAGUGUCAUAUGAUUCUGGGAGCUGUUAUGUGUCAGACUGAGCACAAAGCAAAAGUUUGUUCCCACUCACAACAUUGUGCAGGGAGCUUAGAUGAAAGUACUGGACCUAUGAGCCUAUUAAUUCUGACGUUACUGACUUUGUAAACUGUAUGAUCAGCAGAACAGUUAGUAAAGAAUCAGUCCACCUGAAUUUUAGAAUAUGUUACUGGUCAGUUUCUACUGCUCAAGGCACAUGGGCUGUGGGAUGUUGUCGGCCAUCUCUAGGGAAUUAUUGAGUCCUUGAUGAAAUGUUCAUUUGAGAUCAUAAUCUGACCAUGCUCCAAGCGGUUUCUGUCAAAACAUUUCUGAAACAGGCGUUACAUGGGUAAUUUUCACAACUGUAAAAUCAAUCCCGGAAAUAACUUUUUGCACUUUAGAUUUUUCUUCAAGAAUAUGUUUCAUUGUGUAGUUCACCUCCGAGGGUCACGGUAUCCAUAACAAUACAUUAAUGAAGCAGGGUCAACUGAAGACUUAAAACAUCUCAUCAUCUCGGACCCUUACUGGUGACGUUACCAGUGCUGCAGUAAUCCCACCCUUAUCAUGGGGUGACGGGGACUAAGUUCUAGAUCUGCCCAUUGUUGAAACAUGUUCUACAUGCUGCUACAUGUCUCUGUGUGGACUUACACAAUCCGACUAGAUGCCACACAAGAAUAUUUCCUAGUACAAUAUGGGAUGAGCAGUUCAGGUUUCUCCUAAUGAAGUGAUAGGGCUCAUGCAAACUGCCAUGUUCUGGUAAGGGCACUUGUAGUGAUCAAUGGACCCAUAACAUGCCUCGAUGCCUUACAUUUCUUAGGUAUUUUUUUUCGAUAUGGCUACUUAUGGCAUGUACCAUUGCAUACUGUAUUAUGGAGGCAUUUUUUUCUCAAAGCAUUGCAUUACUGUAACAUACAGAGGCAUCAUAUUGUGACCCACCUGGUGCCUACAACUGUUCAGAUGCCAUUGGGACUCCAUGUGGGCUUUGCUUGAGACCUUUUGCUUAGCAAUGUUGAAUAGCUACGGGUGACUCAGAGGAGAACGCGGUGCCACCUCCUACUGGAAUCUACACCACCAUCUGUUAAAAGAACCUACUUUUAAUCAUUUUGAUAGAUUUUUUUAUUUUGGAUUACAGAUGCGUCCAAUAGUAGAAAAAGUAUACUUAGUAAUGCAGACAGAAUGAUGAUUGCCAUGUAUCGUCUAUGGCGAGGUAGGUGCUGGUAGUGAGUUAUUGAUCUUCUUCUCCAUUAAGGCACAGAGAAUUUGGAUAUAUUCAUUUGACUGUACCUCUAGUCCGUCUAGCCCGAAACUGGAGAGGUUCCUGUUGGUAGAAAGCAUUAAAACCUUCGAUGAGAUCUGGUAAAGUCUUUGGGAAUAGUUGGAAAUAUCAUGUCAACACUGAGCAACAUCAACCUGCGCCAUUGUGACCACUUGCCCACUUAUUUGUGGAGAUGAUACUCAGGGUUAACGUUCAUUGAUGGGUUAGACCACCCAUUGACACAUACCGACUCCGGCGUGGAACUCCGGGGGGCAUCGGCUCUGCUUUACAGCAGACGGGAUUGAGGCAAACCCCCCAAUUCUUCAAUGGUUCUUGGUAAGCCAGACUUUUAUAUUCGCACUAUGUAUAUGGAUAAAAAAAAUGAAUUAAGCAUAUGAUAAUAUAUUUGAAGUAAUAUAUAUACACGUAUAUGAGAGAGUCUAGAGUUUAUAUACAGGGUAUUGAGUACGCUAUUAACGAGGUGAAGACAAUGAGUUUAUAAAGAAAUUUUUUUAUUUUACUCAACUGCAAUAAGAUUUGCAUUUGUCAGGGAAGAUCUGGCCCGCUGUGAUUUUUUGUAUUUUUUUUUUUUUUGAACGUUUUUAAAGCAAAGUUUUCUGAAUAAAGGGACUGUUAUAAUCGGACCAUAGGGUAUGUACAGUGCAGGGACAGCAAGGAAAUCCUUUAUAGAAAAAAAAAAUCCUAUUUUUCCAGACUGUAAGAAGAAAAAUCAUAUUAUGUAAAAAAUAAAACAAAAUCAUUGUAAGGCUUUGGAGAGUCCUGUACAUUGACGUUUAUGGAAAUUUAUACUCUUGGUAUAUUCUUUAUUUUAGAAGUUAUUUGUAAGCAAUUGCAAAAUAAAAAAGUUUAACUUGUGA